GCAGCGGUGCCAUGCCGGUUAGGUUGUCUGGCUCCAGGACAGCUGUUGAGAAGAACGUUCACAUAUAGCCACAUAGUAUCAAUAUUUUUACCUGUAAAGAGUAACAUUUUAAUGAGUUUGUCAGCCUAUGGAACUUGACAGAGUUUGGGCUUCGGUUGAUGGUUUAUAAAGGGGAUGAAAAGGCUCAAGAGGAAGAAACAAAAAGCAGGAGUUGUGGUGAAUGGGACUGUAUCUGUCUCAAGAGAACCAGAUUGUGGAAAGAAACAGAAGUUGGGUGAGAUCCACCAGGCUCUGAUCAGUGACCCGGUGGACAUUGAGACCCUGAGGAAGGCAGCAGCCGGUAAAGGAGGUCUGCUCACUGAUGAACUUAGGAGGAAAGUCUGGCCCAAACUACUGAAUAUCAACGUGUAUGAACUACCACAUAAACCUGGUCGAGAUGUGAGGGAGAACCACAAGGACUACAACCAAGUAGUCCUGGAUGUCAGGAGGUCCAUGAAGCGCUUCCCUAAAGGUAUGCCAUCGGCAGAGAGAGCCGUGCUUCAGGAGCAGCUGAUAGACAUCAUACUGGAGGUUCUGAGACGAAACCCUCAGCUCCAUUACUACCAAGGCUACCACGACGUGGCCGUCUCUCUGCUGCUGGUGGUCGGGGAGCGGAUGGCCAUUGCCCUGCUGGAAACACUGUCGAACUUCCAUCUCAGGGAUUUCAUGGAUCCAACCAUGGACAGCACCAAACACAUAUUAAACUACCUGAUGCCUAUUUUGGAACAGGUUGAUACAGAACUACAUGACUUCAUGAUCAGAGCCGAGGUCGGAACCAUCUUCGCGCUGUCCUGGCUCAUCACCUGGUUCGGCCAUGUGCUGUCGGAGUUCAAACACACUCUAAGACUGUAUGACUUCUUCCUGGCCUCACACCCGCUGAUGCCCAUCUACCUCGCUGCUACGAUUGUGUUGCACAGAGAGAAGGAGGUGAAGCAGACAGAGUGUGACAUGGCCAUGGUCCACCACCUCCUCUCCCGCAUCCCACAGGAUCUCCCGUACGAACUUCUGAUUGGCCAGGCCCAGGAUCUGUUCGACCAGUAUCCUCCAUCCCUGCUGGCCAAGAGGGCAGCCCUGCAGUCUCGCAAGAGUCUGUCCAUCAGCACCUUCAAGGCAUUUCAGCUCUCCACCCUCCACCAGAGGCCCGACUCUGUUCUCCAACGACUCACCAAGGCCCAGGGCUCCACUGCCUCCAGACACGGCUUGGAAGCAGAUUUGCCCCGGGACCGAGGCCUGCUGUGGGGGAAGGGGAACAGGAUGGUGAAGAUGGCGGUGUGGGGGCUGUCGGCCACGCUCGGGGCAGCUGUAUUUGCUGUGGCUCAGACGGCUAUGGACUGGGGACCUGACGUGUUGCUACAACUGUUCUGACCAGGCAGGGGGAAUUUAGUGUGUUAGAAACACACACACACUGACGCACAGUGACAGCAGAAACAAACCUGCUCUUCAGAUGGAUUAUACAGAAGAAACCAUACAGACACAAAGGCUUGAAGACUUGAAGCGACUCAUUGAAGUCUCUCCUGUUGAGAGGAAAGCUGGAGGUCAGUUAUCUUAGUGCCAAACAGGUUGUUGCUAUUCAACCUCAGUGAACAUAUGUUAACUACCAGUCAGCCUCAGGAUGUGUUGUAUGUUUCUGAGCACAUAUCAAAGACUUCAUAUCACAUGAGGGCAUUCAUGGGUAUCCCAACAGGCCAACCUUGUUUGAUUAACUUUACAAAAAAAAGCCCUUAGCAAUGGGCUGUCAAAUCAAAAAAAGUCACAAGAGACACAAACUAACUACAAAGAGAUGCAGAAUGACAUCAAAGUGACAUAAUACCAACAAAGAGACAUGAAACAACUACAAAGAUUGCAAAUGUGUCUACAAGGAGAUGCAAAAUGUCAGCAAAGAGACACAAACUAACUUCAAAGAGAUGCAAAAUGAUAUCAAAGAGACAUACAAUGUCAACAAAGAAACAUGAAACAACCACAAAGAUUGCAAAAUUAUCUACAAAGAGAUGCACAAUAAGAUCAAAGAGAUGUGAAUUAACUACCAAAAACACAUAAAAUAACCACAGAAAGAUGGGAAACUACAAUUAAGAGAUGCAAUCUCACCAAAACAACACAUUAGAAAGAGACAAAAAUUGCUAUAAAUGCAAAUCAAUCACAAUUUGAAACAAAGGAUCACAUAUGAAAUGCAAAAAACUAAAAAAGACAAAAAAAAACUUUUACAGAGAUGCAAAUUGACCAGAAAGAGGCAUUAAACAGAAUCAAUUUCUAGCAAGGAAGGAAACCAUAAACACAUCAUGCUUCUUUUAGGCAGCUGUGCACUUUUAUCACUGACGUAACAUUUUGCAUGUGCCUCCUACUUUUCCUGUUUGAUGAUUAUUUUGCUGAUAUCUCGCUUUUUAGCCUGUCGUGCUUGUUUUGCUGCAUUUCCGUUGACGCUGUUUAAGUACAUUUGUUAGUUCAGCAGCCAUAUCUGAGAGCCAAAAGUGCCCAUAGCCAGCAAGAUGACACAUGAAUACAAAUUAUUAAAGAGUAGUGUUUUUUUUUUUUUGCUGAAAGCUUCCACUAGUGAGGAAAGAAGAGGAGCUGGAGAGAAAAGGGAAAGAUGGGGGGAGGGGGGGUGGUCAAUUUUUAGAUUUUGCCUGUGAGACUCUGGUAACAAUUGCUUUACUCCAGGUUUCAGUAGAGUUUGACACACUUAACAAGCUGUUGCAGCUCCACUAUGUGAGCAAAAUGCAGGACGCAGCACUCAAUGCAAGCAGUGUUUUCUGAACUGAUACUUUUUGCUGCGGGUAUUUGGAAAACGCGCUCUUUUACUUUAUUAUUUUAAUACUUUUAGAAGCACUUUUCUGAAUGUUGUGGCCCACGACUGCUGAAUGAAUUUGGGGGAGACACCAGUACUUUUGAGUUUUUUAAAUAUUUAGUAGGUUUGCGCCAACAUCCACCCUGAAUGCUCUGUAAGAGAACUCAAGUCCGUGCACCCAGUUUUUCUUCCACAUCUUGUUUUGCGUCAGCAUUUUGAGUAACUUAAAUAUAGAAUUUCAAGGCUACAACUUAGGGACAUUUAGACAGAUAAUUUCAACUAACGCCAUGAGAAAAACAGGUUGCCUCUUUAUUUUUAGAAAAUAUCUGCAUCUUUAAAGGCCCCAUGCAAACCUAGCGUGGUCUCACAACCAGAGAAGUAAAUAUUAAUAACACAGGCUGUUUCCACCUGAGGCACAUGCAUAGGUACAGAGCACAGGGCUUCUCCAAACAGCAAUGCAUGCUCUAGUUGUUGACUCAUAUUCUGAAACAUUUAUCAGCUUGUACCGGCAAAGCUAAGCUGCAGCAUCUGUAAACACAGCUUCACUAGAGUCACCACACUCUCUCUUCCUCUGUCGUCAGGUUUACAGUCAAUGUGUCACCUCUGUGCUCAGCUGAAUGAAAACUUUACCCUGUUGAUAUUACAUGCUUUGUUAGCAUAGGAAUUCAACUGGUUUGGAUUUGUUACGUGUGACACUGGAGUAAAAAAAUUAUAGUGCUAAUUCAGAAAGUCACAUUUAAAGCCUUGGGGCAAACUUGGAAGAUUGCAGAGCUGAGCAGUUAUCAAACAAGUAAAUCAAUCCAUCAUUCUAAUAAGUGGUUAUUUUAAGGCUGUUUUCCCAAAACAUCACUCGCUAUAACAGUGAUAGGUGAUAAUCAGUCACUUUAUUAAACAGUCAAUAAAUCAAUCAAAGUCCUGUAGCUCAGGUAAUUGGCUGUCUUUAUUGUCAGUUAGCAUAGACAUCCAGACAGUCAACUAGCUGUUGGGGAUGUUUGAAAAUGUUUCUCUUUUUAUCUUGUAAAAAAACAUUAUUUUGGGUAUUAACUGUGUGAUAUUGUACGUGAGUGUGUGCAUGUGUGUGUGAGACAGAGAGAAAGUUGGAUAAUGUUCUCUUUAUUAUUUUCUUUGGUCUUUCCAGGCAUUAUCUGUUUAAUUGUAUUUUUAGGUUUUGGUGCUGCUGUGGCCUUUAAUGUAAAAAAAAGUCAGAAGUAUGGUUAUUUAUUUAAAGAGCAACAAUCUGAUUGGCUAUUUAUUAAACAUUUAAACACAUACCUGAUCUGUAUGAAUGUGUAUUUGAAAAUAAUCUAAGGUAUGAGAUAAGUGAUCACCAGUCUGGUGAUCAGUGCUUUAAAACAGGGUUCUGUUUUUUCUGCAUAUAGAAUGUGAACCCAGUCAGAUUUGGGUCCGACUACAAGUAACAGGAGCAGAGAGAUAUUUUUGGACGAUACAUGUAAUUGUUUUUUCACAUAGAAUUGGGUGAACACUAUAUACCAAUCUCAUUUCUGUACAACUGUGGUCAAUUGUAUGCUGCUGCUUAGCUAAAUUGACUUGCUUGAAAACUUGAAAAAGGGUGAAAUUGAUAGCCUGACUCUAAGUACAACAGGAGCCCCUACCAGCAAGGUACACUCAUUUAACUGUUACUUGUUGCAUUAUUUAAAUCAUGUAGAUAAUCAAAUGUUUGAACAAUCAUUUGUAGUUUUUAUGACAGUUACCGGCAUUUAGUGGGCUCAUGGGAACGGAAAGCAACAGCAGAGACUUCAGGAAGUUACCUUGGUGGGUGGGAUAGAUCUUAUAAUCUAACUUUAUUUUAAAACAUCUAAUAUACAAGCAUUUUUUUCCAAAGUGUUAAACUGUUUCUUUAAAUAUUUGUCUCACAUGCAAGCUCAGUUUUUAUACAUAAUUAUAAUAAAAGAAAAUGCGAAAGGGAACAUUUACUGCCAUAUGGUGCAUGACUAGCGUUGAUGUGCAUCCUGCUGUUAUUAUAUAACAGCUCAUUCUGCAGUGAAGUUAAUUCUGUUAACAUGGGCUUUAGUUUUACAUUUAUUGUAUGUAAUCAUGCAUUUUAUGUUUGAAAAAUGUUUUAUUAAUUAACAAACAACCUUAUUUGCAUGUAA